CAGAGAGCACAGUCUUCUGUCAGAACACUACUUUACAGACUUGCGGAACAGAGCAGUUUCAGCUGGAGGAUUGAUCUCAGACAUGAAGCUCUGUCCUUGGACCGGAGCUUACUGUCUCCUGUCUGUCCUGGUCCUUCUGCCAGCCCUAAAUGUUAAAGGGGACCUCCAUAAAUCCAAGGAGAGACGUUAUUACAUCGCUGCUGUUGAGAAAGACUGGAACUAUUCUGGCAAUGACGCAAACAGAAUGGAUUUAACCUAUAAGAAAGUGGUUUUCAGGGAGUAUGACAAAGACUUCAGCCAAGCUAAGAGUCAUCCACCCUGGUUAGGUCUGCUUGGACCCACGCUGAGGGCCGAGGAGGGGGAGACCAUUGUCGUCACUUUCAGAAACAUGGCAAACGGCGCGUACAGCAUCCACCCACACGGAGUGGCUUACGGAAAACAGUCAGAGGGAGCCAACUACUUUGACAACACGUCACAGAAAGAAAAAGAGGACGACAUUGUGCAACCGGACGGUGAACAUGUGUACUACUGGGAGGUGACGCCAGAGGUGUCCCCGCUGCCUGAUGAUCCCGACUGUCUGACAUAUACCUACAUCUCCCACCAAAAUGUGGUGCAGGAUUACAACUCUGGUCUCAUUGGUGCCUUACUCAUCUGCAAGCCCGGCACCCUGGAUGAGAUGGGAAAGCAGGUUGGCUUCCAUCAGGAGUAUGUUUUUCUCUUUGGGGUCUUUGAUGAGAAAGAAAGUUUGUACAGUCCAAACGGAUAUUCUCCGGAUGACCAUGUCAAAUACACCAUCAAUGGAUACACAAAGGGAUCCUUGCCUAAUGUAAGUAUGUGUGCUCAUGCCCCUGUGAGCCUGCACCUGGUGGGCAUGAGCUCAGAAGCCGAGGUGUUCUCGGUGCACAUGAACGGCCAAGUCCUGACGCACAGUGGCCACAAAGUGUCAUCAGUGGGCCUGAUCAGUGGUUCCUCUGCCACCGCCAGCCUUGUUGCUUCCCACGCAGGCCGCUGGCUGCUCUCCUCUCACACCAUCAAGCACAUGGAAGCUGGCUUGCAUGGUUUUGUGGACGUGACGAAGUGUGAGCAAUUUAAGGAACCCUUGAGGAGGAUGACAAUUGAGCAAAGACGAAACAGCAAGGAGUGGAAAUAUUACAUUGCUGCAGAAGAAAUCGUCUGGGACUAUUCAAACAACCAGAACGAAAAUAUUGAUGAAGACUACAAGCUCCAGUACCUGAGACGUUCAGCCAACCGCAUCGGAUCAAAGUACAAGAAGGCAGUGUACACGCUUUACAAAAAUGAAUCAUUCACUGAAAAGUUGGAAAACAAGCAAAGGAGGGAUGAGCUGGGCAUCUUGGGUCCAGUGAUCAGAGCACAAAUCAGAGACGUCAUCAAGAUUGUUUUUAAGAAUUUGGCCUCGAGGCCUUACAGUAUCUACCCACAUGGCCUGACUUUAGAAAAGUCAGAGGAGGGAGUCAACUACCCAGAGGGAGGAAACCAAUCUCACGGCGUUCAGCCAGGCGAAACGCACACCUACGUGUGGAAGGUACACGAGGAGAAUGAGCCUUUACAUGCUGACUCCCGAUGUCUGACCCGGAUAUACCACAGUGCCGUGGACACGCCACGGGACAUCUCGUCAGGACUGAUAGGAUCCAUGCUGAUCUGCAAGACUCAAUCUCUCGAUUUCAGGAAUGUACAGCUGAGAGCCGACAAGGAACAGCAUGCCGUGUUUUCAGUGUUUGAUGAGAACAAGAGCUGGUAUUUGGAAGACAACAUUCGGCAGUUUUGUGACCGACCCAAAGUCAACAAAGCUGACCCCGACUUCUAUAAAUCCAAUGUUAUGCACACAAUAAACGGUCAUGCCUUUGAGAGUGGCCCUGUUUUGGGCUUCUGCAAUGGGGAGGUUGCAACGUGGCAUGUUUCCAGCACUGGAGCACAGGACUACAUCCAGACAGCUACUUUCUAUGGCCAUCCAUUUGAGCUGAAUCAAAGGACAGAGGAUUUUCUCAGCCUCUAUCCAAUGACUGGGGAGACCAUCAAAAUAACCAUGGACAACAUAGGUGUUUGGCUUUUGGCUUCAUUGAACACACAUGAAACAACAAAAGGAAUGCGUGUCAAGUUUCAAGAUGUUGUGUGCUAUCGGGACUAUGAAUAUGAGUAUGAGGACAAAGGCACAGAAUCAAUCGAUGAAUUUACUCAGUGGAAUCCUCCGAGUUUUGAGGAGAUCAAAAAGGAGGAGAAAUCAAAAUCGGAACCAACAAAACCAGUGGAGAUAGAUAUCUUCACAGAGAUGUUUGCAGAGGAGUUAGGUCUGCGGUCACUGAAGAACCAGUCUAGUAACUCAGAUGUGGAGAUACUGAACUUGAGCUUUUUGGACUACGAUGUUACUGAUGUUCCUCCUGGGGAUGGGAAUACUAGUCCUAAUCAAAAGGAAACAAAGAAUAAAACUGAGUCCGUUUCAAAUCAGACUGCAAUGAACCAUACACAAUGGAACGUUGCAUAUGGCCAAAAUGUUACGGAACAUAACCUGCACAGUAGUAUCAGUAAGAAUGCAACACGUGUACAGAAUAAUAGUACUCAAUCAUUGCUUGACAAUGACACAAGUGUUUUUAACGGCCACAGUGUUUUACCAAGCAAUCAAAGCUCAGUGACCUCAUACAGGAGUAUUUCUGUACUUACAUCCAGUCCCAGUAACGUUACUGUCAUUGUUGCUGGCACAAUGAACUCAACAGUUGUCAGUCCUACGCACUCAACUAUGCUCAAUGCUACAGGCACAACAGUUUUCAAUGCCACAAGCUCAACAAUUCCUGGAAAUGUAUAUUCAGACAGUGCCAACUUUUCCACUGCAAUCAAGGACCCCACCACUCUUACAAUGGGAACACAGCAAAAGGCCAACGAAACCACUGGGAUCCAGGAAGCCACCAAUAACAUCAUGCCUGUACGAUCACAAAACAUUACUAAUCUUACUAUAACAUUGCCAGGGGAUUCAAUUUCCAAAGAUGAAACAACAAAAUCAAAUCUAUCUGGCAAUAGCUACACAUCUGUGGACAUGUUGCCUGAUGACUCUGAGGUUCAACUCACUCUUACAAUGGGAACACAACAAAAGGGCAACGAACCCACUGGGAUUCAGGAAGCCACCAAUAACAUCAUGCCUGUACUAUCACAAAACAUUACUAAUCUUACUAUAACAUUGCCAGGGGAUUCGGUUUCCAAAGAUGAAACAACAUCAAAUCUACCUGGCAAUAGCUACACAUCUGUGGAGAUGUUCUUGCCUGAUGACUCUGAGGUUCAACUCACUCGAGGUGAUGUGUUCUUUUACAGUGGGACUGUGUCCGACCACAGCAUUGACCCAACCGACAGUCUCUCUAAUGACACUUUGUCACAGAAUCUGACUAGAGUGGAUGAUCAUAACAUAACAACAGAGCAUGGUAACGUGUCAGCUGAUGGAACAAACCAGUCACUGUCCGUUCCAGGACUCAGUGUUAAGGAAGUCAGCAUGGUUGAGCAUAACCACACCAGCUUGGAGUUGGAGGUGUUGGUCAACACAGGAUCCAGAUCAGAUUUAUUAGAAAGGAGCUCAGAGAAAGGACCUGCUUUUCCUAUAGAGGUUUCCAAUUCAUCUUCAAUUGAAAGUAUCUCCAAGGAGAUUAAUGGUUCAUCUAACCAAUCUCUCACUGGUGGUUCAGUGAAAGUGCUCAGUUCUGAGGAGUUUGGUGCUUCAGACAGCAGUGAGGAAGUAUUUAUCUACGUUAAAGAAAACAAAUCAGAGGCUAUUAAAACAGCUUCCUUAAGACCACAAAGUCACAACUGGACCUAUGAUGCAACUCACUCCAUGGUGCCUGAGGAGAUUCCUGACCACAUGAAAAAAUACUUUGAGAAUGAGGAGCUUAAAACGACACCACCUCCCAAAAAAUACAAAAAAGUGAGCCUCAGAAAAAUACCCAAGAAAGGUGAAGGCAUGAAAACAAGGAAGAGGAAGACGUACAGGCCUCUGGCCAGGAGUGGUGUACCCUUUUCCCCCCGAGGAUUAAACCCAGGGUUGACGCCCCGAGGGGCAAGGCCCAAUGUACCACAGCCGGUCACUGAUGACGAGGCAUUGCUUAACAUCCCCAUAGUUAUUGGUUUACCCCGGCCUGAUUUCAGCGACUAUCAACUGUAUGUUCCUGGAGAUGAACCAGAACAUCUUGAGAUGAAUCAACAAGAUGUUACAGAAAAUGAAUACGAGUAUGUGACGUACAAAGACCCCUACAGUGGCCAUGAACACAUCAAGAAUCUCAACCUGGAUGAAACUACUAAAUACUACUUAGAGUCAUCUGGCCCCAAUGUUAAGACAUAUUUCAUUGCUGCAGAGGAGGUCGAAUGGGACUAUGCUGGCUAUGGUCAGAGGAGACAAGAAAAAUCCCAGCAAAGCAUGCGAGAGACCAAGUUUACCAAGGUUAUUUUUCGAGGUUACCUGGAUAGUAGUUUCAGGACUCCUGAUCUCCGUGGAGAGAUGGAUGAGCAUCUAGGCAUCCUUGGGCCUCUGAUCAAGGCAGAAGUUGAGCAAAGCAUCAUGAUUGUGUUCAGAAACAACGGCAAUCGUCCAUACUCUUUACACCCCAAUGGGGUUUCCUAUUCGAAACAGUUUGAGGGUCUGUCCUAUGAGGACGGCUCAAAGCACUGGUAUAAAUACGACAACGAGGUUCAACCCAAUACCACCUACACAUACAUAUGGAAAAUCAGUCCUAUGGUCGGGCCAGCACCGGGAGAGUCUGAUUGUCGGACCUGGGCAUACUACUCUGGUGUUAAUCCAGAGAGGGAUAUCCACUCCGGCCUGAUUGGUCCUUUGCUGGUGUGUCGAGAGGGCACUCUGAAGAACAAACCCCUAAACAUGAGGGAGUUUGUGCUGCUUUUUAUGACCUUUGACGAGUCUCGGAGCUGGUACUACGAUCGGAACCGUGAAGUCAUUCAAAGGAAGACCCGAAAAAGAGUUUGGCAUAACUACGACAUGGAGAACCUCAAGUUCCACUCCAUCAAUGGAAUAAUAUUUAGCCUUAAGGGCCUGAGGAUGUACACCAACCAGCUUGUGCGGUGGCACCUGAUCAACAUGGGUUCACCCAAAGACAUUCACAGCGUUCACUUCCAUGGGCAGACUUUCAAGCACAUAAAGACCAAGAGCUACAGACAGGCCGUGUUCCCUCUGCUGCCCGGCAGCUUUGCAACUCUGGAGAUGUGCCCUUCUAGACCUGGUCUGUGGCAGCUGGAGACGGAGGUCGGUUUAAACCAAAAGAGGGGGAUGCAGACGCUCUUCCUGGUUCUAGAUAAUGACUGUUACCGUCCUCUUGGUCUUGAGUCCGGCAGCGUGAAAGAUAACCAGAUCACAGCCACCAACACAAGAGGAUACUGGGCGCCCCAUCUUGCCAGACUAAAUAACGCUGGUAAAUACAAUGCAUGGAGCACACAGGAGAAGGGCAGCUGGAUUCAGGUGGACUUUGAACGACCAGUUGUGAUCAGCCGGGUGGCCACACAAGGAGCCAGGCAGUUAUUUCAGUCCCAGUAUGCCACAAAUUUCUCCAUCUCAUACAGCAAUGACCGACGCAAGUGGAUCUUUUACAAGGGUGACAGCAGGGAUUUCUGGAAGACGUUUCAAGGAAACGAGGAAGCCUAUGAGAAGAAGGAAAACACUUUCUUUCCUCCUGUUAUUGGACGGUUCAUUAGGAUCCACCCAAUCACCUGGUAUAACGCGGCAACAAUCCGCAUGGAGUUCUACGGCUGUGAGCUUGAUGGCUGUUCAGUGCCUUUGGGGAUGGAGAGUGGAUUAAUCAAGGACAGUUCCAUCACAGCCAGCUCUGAAGCCCCCAGCUGGUUCUAUGGACCCUGGAAAGCCUCUCUUGCUCGCCUCAACACACAAGGCACUGUCAAUGCAUGGAGAGCUAAGCACAGUGACAUGAACCAGUGGCUCCAGGUGGAGCUGCCCAAAGUUAGGAAGAUCACAGGUAUCAUAACACAGGGAGCCAAGUCUAUGGGGAAGGAGAUGUACGUCAUCAAGUAUGCUCUGCAGUACAGUGACAAUGGAAUACACUGGACCUACUACACAGAUGAUGAUGAUAUACCUGUAAAGAUGUUUGAUGGAAACGCAAACAACAACGACCAUGUGAAGAACUACAUCUAUCCUCCCAUCUUCUCUCGCUUCAUUCGAAUCGUCCCCAAAAGAUGGUGGAACUACAUCACCAUGAGAGUAGAGCUUCUAGGCUGCGACUUUGAGUGACACCUGCAUUUUCUGAUUAAGUCCUUCCAAGAAAUAAUGAAAAAAACACAGCAAAAACUUCAAAAAAAUUUAGAAUCUAGGUACACAGAUACACAGUGCCCUGCAAGAUUAUUAAAACCCCUUGAACAUGUUGUUAUUUCAUACUGGUUACAACUACAAACCCCAGGAGAAUUUAGGCGUCUAGACACUAGAAAAUGUCUGCCCAUUACUUUAAAAAAAUAGCUUUGUGGUCAGUCAGACUUGAUGCAGACCAUCUGUAACUGUCAAUCUUCAAGUCUUUCCACAGCCUCUCAGUCAGAUUUGGGUCUGGACUUUAACUGGGCCAUUCUAACACACAAUUCUGCUUUGACUUAAACCACUCUAUUGUAGUUCUGGAACGUGGGAGGGCAUUUACCAGAGUUAACUAUGUAGCAUGCCCAAAUCAAGAGUUUUUAGUUGAUAUAAACCAUUGAAAUGUAACCCUGGCUGCAUGUUUACACUGCAAAAACGGAUAUAAUAAUAAGUAAAAUGUUCUUAAAAAUUAGUGUUUUUGUCCUAGAUUUGAACAG